CCUCAUCCACUCACCCGUUGUCACCGCGCGCGCUGCCGCUGAAAAUGAAACACCCACCUGUCGCCGCCGGCACCACCUGCUCGCCGUCUCAUCCCGCCGCUGCCGUCUCCGCGCACCCCUUCCCUCCGACGAGACACAAGCCUCAGCGCGCCCGCAUCCGCCUGGCCGCCGCGGCGGCCAACUCCAGGUGGGUCAACCCGCGCGCGCCUGCGCGCCCGUCCCGGCGCGGCGCGGGAGGGGGCGGGGCUAACCAUCGGCUGAACCACCUCGUCCGCCUCGGGGACCUCGACGCCGCGCUCCUCCUCGUGGAGUCCAUGCGGGACCCCGACCGCCCCGCCGUGGUCCCCUGCACCCUCCUCAUCAAGAAGCUCUGCGCCGCGGGCCGCCUCGACGACGCCGAGCGCGUGCUCCGGGCGUCGGAGCGCGCGGGCACCGCCGACGCCGUCGCGCGCAACACCCUCGUCGCGGGGUACUGCCGCGCGGGGGGCCGGCUCGCCGACGCCGAGCGGAUGCUGUCGUCCCUCGCGGCGUCCGGCGCCGCCGACGUCGUCACCUACAACACGCUCGUCGCGGGUUACUGCCGCGAGGGUCGCCUCGGCGACGCGCGGCGCCUCGUCGCCGGCAUGCCGCUCGCCCCCAACUCGUACACCAACAGCACCCUGCUCAAGGGCCUGUGCAGCGCCAAGGAGUGGGACGACGCCGAGGAGCUCGUCGCGGAGAUGAUCCGGAGCGGGUGCCCCCCAAAUGAUCUCACGUUUGGUAUGAUGAUCCACUCCUUAUGCCAGAACGGAUUGGUGGACCGUGCAAUGGGAGUUCUUGAUCAGAUGUCCAAGUGUGGGUGCACGCGGGGUGUGAUUGUUUACAAUGAAAUCAUCAGUUGCCUUGCGGAGCUGGGGCGCGUGGAGGAGGCUCUUGAUUUAUUCAACAGCAUGCCGUGCAAGCCAGACAUCUUCAGUUACAACGCCGCGAUAAAGGGUUUGUGCAGAGGUGAGCGUUGGGAGGAUGCUGGAGAGCUUAUUACUGAGAUGGUUAGGAAGGAUUGCCCCCCAGAUGAAGUGACAUUCAACACAGUGAUCAGUUACUUGUGCCACAGAGGGUUGGUUGACUGUGCAAUGGAAGUUGUCAAGCAGAUGUCCGAGUACGGAUGUAAGCCUGAUAAUUUUACUUACAGUGCCCUUGUUAACGCCUUUUCUGAACAUGGGUGGGUAGAUGAUGCUCUUGAGUUACUAAGAAGCAUACCAUGGAGGCCUAGCACUGUUUGCUACCGAUCUGUUCUGAAGGGACUGUGCAGAGCUGAUCGUUGGGAGGAUGUCGGGAAGCUUGCCGCUGAGAUGAUUAGAAACAACCUGACCAUUGAUGAAGUCACAUUUGGGUUAAUCAUUGAUUGUUUGUGCCAAAAAGGACUAGUUGGCUAUGGCCUUGAAGUUCUUCAGGAAAUCUCAAACUACGGAUGCUCACCUGACAUUAUCAUGUAUAAUUCUCUCAUCAAUGGCUUUGUUGAACAUGGGAGCGUGGAUGAUGCUCUCAAGCUAUUCAAAAGCAUGCCAUGCAAACGAAAUGUUGUUACCUAUAAUUAUAUGUUGAAGGGUUUGUGUAGAGCUGAGCAGUGGGAGGAUGCUGGGAAGCUUGUAGCUGAGAUGGGUAACGAUGACUGUCUCCCAAAUGAAGUAACAUUCAGUACCCUAAUCAGCUACUUGUGCCAAAAAAGGUUGGUUAAGUGUGCAAUUGAAGUUUUUGAGAAAAUGCCAAAGUACAAUUGUAUGCCUAAUGUUAUUAUCUAUAGCACCCUUAUCAAUGGCCUUUCUGAACAAGACUGUGUAGAUGAUGCUUUGAAGUUAUUAAACAACAUGCCAUGCAAGGCUGACACCAUUUGUUAUAGUUCUGCAUUGAAGGGCUUGUGUAGGGCUGAGCGAUGGGAGGAUGCAGGAGAACUUAUACUCGAGAUGGUUCGAACGAACUGCCCCCCAGAUGAAGUCACGUUCAGUAUACUGAUCAAUAACUUGUGUCACAAAGGGUUUGUCGAGUAUGCAACUGAAAUUUCAGAGCUAAUGCAUAAGUAUAAAUGCACGCCUAAUAUUGUCAUUUACAGUUCUCUCAUCAACGGAUUCUCUGAACAAAACCGUGUGGAAGAAGCUCUCAAGUUACUAAGAAGCAUGCCAUGUGAGCCUGACAUUAUUUGCUACAGCGCUGCACUGAAGGGUUUGUGUAGAGCAAAGCGAUGGGAGGAUGCUAGGGAGCUUAUAGCUGAGAUGUUUAGAAAGCAGUGCCCACCAGAUGAAGCAACAUUAAGUAUGCUCAUUGGUUCAUUGUGCCAGAAUGGGCUGGUUGGCUUGGCAACUGAAGUUUUUGAGCAAAUGUCAGAGUAUGGAUGUAGCCCGAAUAGCAUGAUACGCAAUUCCCUAGUUAACAGCUAUUCUGAGCAAGGACGUGUGGAUGAAGCACUCAAGCUAUCGAGCAGUAUGGCAUGAAAGCCACCAAUCUCUGUUAGCUGUACUGCAUUGAAGAGUUUUGAGUUGUGAGGAUGCUAAGGAGCUAAAAUGAUUAGGCUGAGGCUGAAGAUGACCCCGGAUGAUAGGAUGAAUUGACAUCUAGUACCUAUUAAUAGCUUGUGCCAGAAGAAAGCUUGGUUGAACUCUUGAGUAAUGCGAUGGAUGAUGCCAUCUGCUCAUCAUCAGCUUUUUGGAGAUAAGAUGCAUGAAUGAUUUUUUUUGGGAAUGGAAAUAUAACAGGUAAUUGAGAUGGGUGCUUCUGGUAAUUAAUUAUUUAGCUGCCAUCAAACAGAAAGCACUAACAUUUAGUCAUAAAAUAGUUAGGAAUCUUAUCAUGGUUCAGGACGUGACAAGGAUUAUAUGAGCAAUAAUUACUGAAAAAACCAUCAAGAAUUCAACCCACCCUUCACUAUUGUGCUCAUAGCUUGUUGAAUUCUUUCAAUAUAGGGAUGUAGUAGUAACUUGUGCUAGAACCUGCCGCUUGCCAUCCUUUCAUAUCUACUUUCUUUUCGUUUUGUACAAAUUAGUUAACUUUUAUAUGUGAUGUAUGACCGAUUUCAAUUUUGUCCCUAAGUUCUCAAAACUUGCUAUAGUCCAAGGUCCUAACUAGGUAUACAUGCUAAACCUUGUCUUGCUUGCUUCUUCAAGAGCUGCCCCAAGUUGACCUUGUUUGUAGUUAGUUUUUUUUUUCUUUUUGAGAAAUCCUUGAUGUUAGUUGUUUGUAUUUAUUGCGUCGUCACAAAAUUGGAACGGGUGGAACAAUUAAAAUCAGCAUAUUUUUUUGUUGUCAUAAUAUUUUCUUUGAGAUUUUGUUAGCAUAACAUUGAUGGUGUGGGUAUGUUUGGAUGUGGAGUGAGAUGCAGUCGAUUUGGUCGUUGUUAUAAGGCUCUGUGUAUGCCAAUACAUAUAAUUCGGUAAA